AUGGCAGAGAGUACCGGCCCCAGGCAGCUCUGCUACACCAGUUCCCACCAUUUCUAGCCCAGAGGCAGUUAGAGACAGGCCUGCAGCUGUAGCUUCAGCCAGGCUAACAGAGCAGCUCUCAGUGCUUUUGUCUUCUGUGCUUCGUCAGUGCUUUGGUUUUAGCUGGAUCUGGACCAAAGAUGGUCUCAUAUGCAGCUCUGGAGCUGCUGUUUGAAGAACAUCCUUCUCCUUUGCCAUCCACAGGGUUAAAGCUGCUGUUCAGACAGAACACAGUCUGGGGUAAGCCACAGUCAGGCUAGUUAGGCUGACUGUUCUCCCCUAACUUUUGUCCUGUGUGAUCCUGUAUGUCUACAACAUCUGAAUGAAGCCUUACUAUUUUCGUGUGCCUCUUAAGGGAAUGCUUGGGACUGGCAAUCAUAGGCAGAGGUGCAUUGUGCAGUGCUGUGAAAUCUUAGGCAUGAAGGUGCAAGAUCUUUGGUAUAAAGAGCUGAUUUUCACUCUGUUUGUGAGUCUCAGGCUGAUAUUCUGGUCCAUGCCUGGGGCUCCCAGGUGGCAUGAAUGGCUGUAAUAAACAAUAACAGGGAAUGCAAGCCUCUAAAGAAAUUAUGAUUAGUCUGAUAUGUAGGUUUUGUAACACAGCAGCUUGCCAUUGUGGAGUGUUUGUAUCAAAGCAGGAGACUUAAGGAGAGGUUUGCAUAGAGGCUGUGAGGUUAGCUUUGUGGAUGUUCACUGGUAACAAUUCUUUUACAUAACAACACAGCACAGCAAAAAAAAAAAAAUCGCAGUUUUAACACUGCUCCAUACACAUCAUUUGGUCCUUCCUCCUCCCUGUGAUACAGUAAUGACCCUUAUGCUGGGACACAGCAACACUGGGCCACAGCCCUCCCUGGAGAAUAAAGGGGUAUUUGUGUAACCGAGAAUCAGAUUUCAAGGGUGCUUUAUCCUGGUGCACAGAAAGGUAGCCAAUGCACACAUAAAGGUCUGAGCUGUGCUAUAGAAUCUAAGAACUGAAAGAUUUCUUAAUUUAAGAAGGCAAAAAACCCCAAAGCGUGCCUACUCAUUACAUCAGCUUUUAUCUAGCUUUUCCACAGAAAAUCUAUCAUAUCUCAGGCUCAGAUGCCUUUGAUUUCUGACCGAGCAACAACUUGAAAAAUAAACAAGUCAAUCCUGACGUGUAACUGCACUGAUUGCUACAUUUUCUAGUCACGCCUCUCUGUCGAAAACUUCCCCCACCCUCUUCUAGGUGUUGCCGUGGCAUGUGGUUUGCUUUAUGCAUAGGCAAAGCACUGAAAUAAUCUGCCUCUCACCAGGUAGAGUUAUUUUGGAGUGCUAGUGAAACACAGUAGGACGCAGCACUGUAAAUCCUAUAAGUAAGCCUAACUGGCAGAAGCUUUUAAAUGGCUAAGUAUUAAUGGCUGGUUAGAGGGUCCUGUCUGUACCGGAGAGACAGUUUCAUCAGCUGCGGUGGUGCUUUACGGUGGGAAUAAAUUAUGGAUGCUUCAAGAAAGAGUGUGCUUACAUGGAGACACAGAAGAUGCUAAUAAAAGCCAAUAUUUACAUCCUCCUGCCUACAGAUAUGACAGUUCUGCUAGCCCAUCCUCGAAAGUGGAAGAAAUGGCAACGGCUGAAAUGUGUAAUUCCCCAAUGUCAGCUGAAAUGAGUGGUCAUUCUUUUGAUACAAACCAAAUUGAAAUGAUGGAGAAAAGUACACAGGAAUGGAAUGAUCAGCUAGAGAAGGAGUUUUUCAGUGUUCUAAAUGAUCUGGAUGACCAGCUGGCCCAGGAACAAGUCCAGGACCCAUUGGACAGGACAGUUUCUACUAGCAGUGCAUCAAAUGUCCAAUCCAGUGUAUUCCCUACUUCAAAGACACAGAUUGCUAGUAGGGGGCAACAGAGAAAUGACUGGAGUGACAUGCCUAGCACAUUUUUCCCAGAUGGACUGAGAACACUAAGGGCCAAAGAUGAACACAAGAUUUUCAUCAGGCCAAGGAAAUUACACAGUGCAUAUAUAAAUUGGCACCAGACAGCCUUUCAAGAAGAUUGCAAAUGUGGUGAUCCAGUCGAUGGGAAUUCUCAUCUGCGCCACAGAAGGCUGUCUACCGUUUCUUUCGGAAGGUCUUCGGAAGGUAGCUUAUAUCCCCCUUCUGUAACACAGAACAGCGGAUUUAGGCACAAGAGUUGUAUGAACAGGGAUACAGCUGGCAGAAGUUACUCUGUAUGUUCCCUUCGGAGAUGUUCAUCAUCAGUAUCUUCUGACCAGCUAUCAGCAUCUAGUUUACAGCAUCCGUUGGCAAGGGAGAGCAAGAAUGGUUUUGUACCAAGGUUUGGUCGGCAGAACCCAAAGAGAAUUCCUCUGUCUUCUAUUGUAUGGAACAACACACCAGACUCGCCUGGACAAGCAUCAAUUCCAGAAAAAAUGUUUAGAACCCAGUCACUGAUGGAGUUUCAUGCUACAGACCGUGGUAGAUAUCCCAGCUCUUUGCAAGAAACAAAGAAAUACACAUGUUACCACUCAAAACACCACUACAGAAGAUCUAUUUCAAGCAGUAAUUGCUUUAGUAGAGUUAGCUGUCCUGAUGAAGCUACUUCUCCAUUGCCCUUUGAUAACUGGGAAAAUUAUCCUUUAUAUAAAUCAGAAAAUAAUCUCUCUAGAUCCUACUAUAGAGAUAUCUCUUCUCAUGGCAAGUUGUAUGCAAACAAAAAAAGUUAUUCUUAUGGAAAAAAAGACAGCUAUCCUUCCUGGGCUGAUAUUCCUCAGUGUUACAGUGAUGAAACAUUUCUUUCCCCUGAGGCCAACUUUGAAAUGUUUAUGGCUAAUUUAAAUGAGCAGCAGUGGGCACAUACAAAGAAUGCCAAGUUUGGUUCACAGCGCCUGGAGAACGAUUUUCACAUGUACUCUCCAGAAAAUACAAGUGUUAAACAGAGAAUAAGAAGUGCAAACAGAACUUUCUCAGAAUUCAUGGAGGGCUGUCAGCCUUGGCUAAGUUGUAAUUCUUCAGUUUCUUCAUCUAGUAUCAGAACUGAUGAGUCAGUUUUUUCUAAUUCAAAGGACCAAACAAAACCUGCAGGACUGAACAGGAAUUCAGCUGUCGUUACCCAAAGGAGUACUAAGGCAGACUUUACACAACUAGAAAAGGCUGAAGAUAUGAAAGGGGCAGAUGAAGACAUGCCAUUACAGUCAGUUCCUCAACAAGCAGAUACAAGCUAUAUCAGGGCCCGGAGUUUUUCCUCUAACAGCCCUGCUUCUGCCAUGUGGCAAAGAGAUGUACCUCUCUUUAACACAAUGACAUCAAAGAGACAAACGCAAGUCACUGCUAGAGGAGAUACUGCAAAAAUUUAUACAUCAAAUGGUGAUAAAAGAAAUGUACAAAUGAAGGAAAAUGAUUGCCCACCCAACAGUGUGUUCAGUCAGCCUCCCUGUAUUUUGCUAGCUGAUGAGAGCAGGAAGGAACCUUUUCUUCCAAGUCAGAAAGAAUGGGAACAUAAUCUGAAUUAUGCAGCACAAAGAGAGAGCAUCAAACAGGAUAAUUGGAGUGCAGAAGCCAUUAACCAAGCCACUCCAAAGAGACAGUCCUCACUGCUGAAUGUUGCUUCUGCACCAUCCACUGAAAAGUUAGCAAACUGUCAAGGCAGGUUGUCCUGUCCUCCUGGAUGCUCAUCUAGGUGCUCACAAAGCUCUCCACAAGCACCAAGUAGCUCUUCGGUAAAUUGCACAGUUACUGACCUUCAAGCAGAAGGGGAAAAUACGGCUCAAAUGAGCAGAAUAGGUGUUACCAAAUGGAUUUCACAGAAAACAUUGCAAAAUGCAAGCACUUUAGGUACUAAGGACUGUAAUGGACAAUUCACUACUAGUUCUCCACAAAAUGGAAAUUCUGAAAAUAUUUAUAUGCAUAGCUUUGAUGGAGAUCCCAAUACCUCUGAAAAUAGUUUAAGUUAUUUUUGCCUUGAAAAAGGAAGUGGAAAAAUAAGGAGUAAUUCACCUAGUAUUGAAAGGCUUUACAAGAAAGACAGCUUGCUGAGACAUAGCAGUAGCUGCAGUAUUACUGGCUCCCCUGGUAGAAACAGCUCCAAAUCUCCUGACCCUCUUGUUAUUUAUUAUACCUUGCCUAGAAAAUCAGCUAGCAUUGCUGGUAGUAUUAUGUCAGAUAUGCCCAUCUCUUUACCUAGGGAAAGUAGAACAACAUACGAUUGUUUAAGAUCUGAAACUCCGCAUAGAGCUGACGCCUUUUAUUCUAAUCAAAGAGAUGUGUCUUGUUUAGACUCAAAACGUUCUUUUUCAACAUCAGCAUCAUUAAAUGCUGGUAGAAGUAACAAAAAUUACCCCUUUAACCAAAGUAUUGAUUCAGUAAGUAGUAGUACAUCAGUUGAUCUGACAGACAGAUGUAAACAUCUAAGUAGAAGAGAAUCCUCCGUGUUUUCAGAUUAUAAGGAGGGGGGAAAUUUUUUGCAGAAAUAUAAAACCACAAGCACAUUUACAGUUUGUGUUGAUGAAGAUCAUGUCAAGUAUCAUGAACUAGUUUCAAUUUAUUACACAUUACCACGGAGGCAUUCAAGAACAUUUUGUAGCCUCUUUAGAGACAAUACAGAGGAUGCAGAUUUACCUUGUCCCAAAGAAAAUGCUCAGUCACCAAGAAUACAAAACAAGAAAAAUCAAGAUCAUGUGAGUUUAGCAAAUGUUUUUUUCCCCACUACUUCAGAAAAAGAAGAGCCUUCAUAUUCUUCAGACCAAGUAUCUUCAGCUCUGGUCACACCUCAGAACUUAAGAACUGCUGUUGAUAGUGAAGAAGAGAAUUCGCACUUAUUCCCUAGCUUUGAGAAGUCAGUGAGUAUGGUACAUAGCAGGAAAGAUAAUUCAGCAGAUCUUUUAUUAGCAGAAAAUGUGCUUUCUGACAUGGUGACAAAAGAAAUUUCUCUUGGUGGUCCACAAUCCACUGCAAUAGUGGCUAAGUCCAGUAAGGCCAUUUCUGAUGCUUCAGGCAGCCAAAAUGCAGAAAUAUGUCUAAAAGAAAAGAAGAAAAUUUUACAAAGAACCACACCACUGCUGUCCACUUUAUCAACCCCUCCCAAGCCAGGCAGAUGUUUAGAGAAUCCUAUGCAUUCUACUUCAACAAAUAAAAAUAUUAUACAGAAGGAAAACUCUGAAAGCUGCUGUCAGCCUUCUAAAGUGAAUACCAAGAAAAAUCUGAACAGUUUACUCCUCCGCUCAGGAGAGAAGAGUUCUCUUGGAAGGAGUGGUAAGACAGACCAUGCUCCUGUGGAAGACAUAUGCAGGGAUAGUACCCAAGUCAAACAGAGAGUAAAUUUCCUACACCAAACCACCCCUCUGUAUAAUAAUAAAUGCAGUGGACUGCAAUUAAGGGCUGACAGUUCAAGAAAAAAUGCAAAUUAUUUAAACUCUUGUAGCAAAGUGCUCUCAGAAUCUCAGAGCAAAACAUCUGAGGUAAGCACAGCUUCCAGGGCUGAUCCGUUACUUCAGCUAGACAAAGUGGUUGCCACAGGUACAGAUGAGGUUAAGAAUUCAAAAAUUAAAAAAGGGCAAAACUCACAGAGUAUUCAGAUGGAUAAAGUUUAUAGUGGUUUGCAGGAAUCAGAGAGGCACAGUGAAGGCCGCCUGAACAUUAAAGAUAAAGUCUUCAGGGUUACACAAGAUCAGAAGUUAACACAGAGUACAGAAGAUGAGAACAAGCUUCUCUCUGAUUUCACAAGAGACAAAGUCAAAGAUAUAGAAAAAAGGAAAAACAGACCAUCAAUUAAAAAUAAACUGGCAGCUGUUUACAAAACAAGUCGAAAAUUUUCAAGUAAAAAUUUACCUCCCAAACCACACAUAAGUAACAUUUUUUCACAGAACAAUGGAAAUGCCAUUUCUUUGGAGGUCAACAUGUCCCUUGACUCGAUUUCAACAGAUGCCCAUCAGCCAUUCUUGCAGCUGGACAAUGAAAAUCAGAAUCACAGUCUGGACCCUGGUAAGAAUACACCAAGACCAAGAACAGCUGAGAAUAAGACUAAAAAUCAUAAUGAUCCUUCUUUGGUUGUUAAUAACACCAGCCGGAGGUCUUUUACAAGCUCAUACACCCAGAAGGAAACCAUCAGUCCCAAAAAAGCUACUGUGAAAGUGGAAAACAGGCCAAGACUCACAAGCCUAUUUCCAGAUAAAGCAGUCACCACAAGAAAUAAGAACUCCCAAACACUUGAUCUCAGGUUAGAAAGCAAAAGCCAGCCCAUCUCUCCCAGUGCUACUCCAUCAGACCCACAGGAUGAUGAGAAAGGAAGAGCUAGCAGUCGUGCCUGCACUCCGCCCUUACCACUUUUAACUGACACAAACUCAAACACCCCUGCAAAUAGCUGCUUGCAGGCAGACGCAUGCCUAGAGCAAAACUUGACUUCCAAGACAGCGCUUGGUGAGUUUCAAAAUACCUCUCAGUCUGCUAGCUUAGAAAAUGCUAACCUCAAUAGCUAUCAGUUGCGCAGAAGUCAUGCAAAAAGUCAGCGUGAGCGUCACCUUUCUGAGAGUAUUUGUACUCGAGAUUCCCUUGAGAUCUCUGCCUCAGGAAGCAAUAUUCUACCAAAAGAUGGCAUACACGGGAAGAGAUUUAAAUCUUACUCAGAGCUGUUGUCGUGUGACGAAAAUGAAAACUGGGCAUCUGAUAAUGAAAAAUAUUACAGCACUAGAAAUUUGAUGUAUCCAUCUGUUGAAUUUGGUAUAUUUGGCAAAGAACAACAGUUGGCUUUCCUGGAAAACAUCAAGAAGUCACUCACAGAAGGGCGAUUAUGGAGACCUUGUCUUCUUAAUAACCCUGGUGCUUUCAGAGAUAGAGAGACCUCUUCUACAAACAGGGCUGAGCUUUUGAGCUCAAGUUCUGCUGGGAGCAAAAUGUCAUUGGCUGCUUCAUCGCCCCGAGAGCUGACUGAUAUCUAUGGGGAAGACCCAGCCGCUUAUUCGGACUCAGACAGUGAUACCACCACCGACGAUGAAUACUACCUAGAUGAGGUAGAUAAAGAAUCAGAGCUGUGAAGGGAUCGUGGUACUAAGAUGGCACAAGAGCACGGUAGUUUCUGGGCAGGCAAAAACAUGUCAAAUACUUUGAGCCCAUUCUUGUGCUGCUCUAAAUUGGUACAACUUCAUUAGUUUCAAAAGAGUUAGUAUGUUACAUUUCCUGAGCAUUUGACUUUUGUAUUAAGCAUGUGGCUUCACUGUUGCUGUUUCUCCUAGCAGGGGAAAAGAAUGUUUAAAAAUCCCUUCCCAGAAUAAUAGAAGGUAAACAGCUGUGGAGCUUUGGGCAGUAGAAGUCCAGAGAUGGCUUUCUUCUGAGUCAGCAAGCAGUGGUUAGGCUCCUGCCAGCUACACAGUGCUGGAAUGGCUAAAUUCUAGUUUGAGCUACUUUUUCUUACAAAACUUAAACCCAAGAAGUUGCUUUGCUGAUAAAUUGCUGUUUCUCUGAUUUUCCUCCUUUAUCAGAUCAAGCAGGAUAAUGCUAAUCCAUCCCACUGAACAAACACACUGACAAAAUGAAACCUGUUAAAAUUUUUAGUGUAUCCUGGGAAGCAUAGCAGCAAUGUCCCCAGUGUCAUUUGUUCUGCUGUGCAGUCGAGGUGGAUUCCACACUGGGACUUUUCAGCAUUACAAGAGCAGUGAGAAAUUUGAGUUGCAGAAGUGCUGCUAGUGCAGGAGAAACAGCUCAGCACAGGGCACAGCAGUGAAAAACUCACUGAAAUUCCUGAGGAUGUUAACAAACACAACUGAGCAUGAAAAUCUGCUUUCCAGACACAGGAGAUUCAUAACUGGCACAGCUUUGGUUACAGUUGACAUGAUUGGCCAGAUUUCUGCCUUUGACUUAGAUUAAUUUGGAUUAAUAGUCCAACACUUUAAGCCAUGCAAAAUGUAAAAAGAUUUACCCUGUCUAUUUCCUGUACUAACCUCAUGGGUUGAAACCUAAUUUGUCCUAGUAAUGGGAAGACAACCAUAACCAAAACAACUUGUGAGGACCCAGAGUUCUCCAGCUGCCUCUGCUUGGCUGGUCUGGGGACGAGGCACCUGCAGCCACUGGGGUCCUUCAGGGAAGCACCAUCCGGCAUGGCCCAAGAGAGCACUUGGCUGGGGCACAGCUGGGCCAUACAGACUGGUAGCCUUUUACCUACAAAGUAAAUGAAACCAGUAAGAAAUGCUCUUUGCCUUUUGCUAAAUUACCGUCCCUUUUUGGUAUUUUUCAACUGUUUCUGCUGUGACCAUGGUACUCUUCAUCCUCCAAACUGAAUGGAUGUAAACAUUUUCCAGUGGCUCUUCUUAAGCCACACUAAUAAUGUAGUACUAUUACUCAGUAGCCAGAACUUGUCCCUGGCCAUUAAAUUUCUAACUAAACUUUGAUCUAUUUUUAUGAAAAAUCAGAAGUGUCUCAUCGAACCAGAAGAUAGUAUUUUUAAAUACUUAUACAUUUACUUCUAUUUUAUUUCUAAUUUCACAUAGGGUCUCAAAUGAUGAUCCAUAUUUUUAUACACUUUUUCAUUCAAUAAAAUAUCCAUAGGAGAGACAUAAUUAUAUUUUUGUAACUGGAAGGACAGUAUACUGGUAUUUUAAAAUAAUGUAUUUUACAAAAAACAAGCAAUACUUGUAUCACUGACUACUCCACAAGAAACUAAAAGAUGUAUAGUAGGUAACAGGUAUAAUUUUUUUAUAUUGUAAACUUCGUUAAAGAAGUGGGUCUAUAGUUCAAAUCUGUACUGAUAUAUAAGUAGUAUUACUUUAUGCUGGGGUAAUUUGUCUUUUGUUGUACAUAGAAGGACAAUAAUAUAAACUAUGUAUUUAUAGUCAUAAUUUAUCUCUAUGACAUGCCUGUUUCAGAAGGAAGCAAGAGUAUGCUAACAUAAGUAAUGCUGGAAGGAAAUGGGUACUGUAUAAUUGCAGUUUUGUAAAAUGUGGUAUUCUAAGGAGAAAUUAUGUUUUUCUGUAAAUGGCUCUAUUUUCUAUGUACAGGAUUCUGUAGAGUAUGACAAUAAAACCAGCUGCAUAUCUGUGCAGAAUUUCUGCUGCUGUAUAUUUCUGCAAAUUAAUUAAUCCAAAAAGCCUACAUAAGGUAAAGAAUAAUAAAAGAAAUGUUUACAAGAGAAGUAAAUGGUCAUACAGUUUUUCUUGACUAGAGGUGGAUGGUUUAGAACAUUUUUAUUUGUAAAUAUUUUACAAAUAUUUUACCUGUUCAACAGCAGUUGGAAUAAGUUCUCACCGUGCUGG